AUGGCAUCGAAAAUAGUUGUGAUUGGUGAUGUGAACUGCGAACUACGCGAAGUGUUCACGAAACUUGCCAAGCUUCAUGUCAGACAGGGUUUCGCAUUCGCCAUCAUUGUUGGGGACCUCUUUGGCAACUGUUCCACCGAGCAUGAACUCGAUGAAGUGUCGGCCCUGCUGAAAGGGAAUAUCAGCGUCCCACUGCCAACCUAUUUUGGGUUGGGCAGUCGACCCUUUCCCACCAGGGUGAUAGAGAGGAUUGAGGCUCACGACGAAGUCUGUCCCAAUCUGUACUUCCUAGGCAGACGCGGUACUCUCAAGACAGCAGAAGGCAUCCGACUCGUUGCCCUCGGUGGUGUCCUAGAGUCCGAUGCCAAAUCGACGGACAAAUAUCACCCCAUCUACACCGAGUCAGAUGCCCGAGCCCUCCACGGUGCCCACAAUGCCGAUAUCCUUAUCACCCAUCAAUGGCCCAAGGGGAUCCGCACCGGCUCGAAAGUCGCAUUACCAGACAAUGAAACAGCCCCUCAGGAAGCCCAAUGCAUCGCCGAUCUCUGCUCAACCCUCCAACCUCGCUACCACCUCACCACCUCCAGCGGAUUCUUCUACGAGCGUGAACCCUUCUUCCACCUACCGUCAGAAGACAACCCAGACGCCAAACCUCUAACCCGCUUCAUCAGCCUAGCACCAUACAACAACUCCUCCAAGCAGAAGUGGAUGUAUGCAUUCACCCUCGAUCCCAAAGCCCCAUUACCAUUGACUUUACCCGUCGGCGCCACGGCGUCUCCUUUACCUUUUCCCCAAACCAAGAGGAAACCCUUCUCCAGCCAACGGGAGUCCUAUCACCGCUUUGCCGUCGACAGUGACGACCAUCAUCACCAGCGCUCACGCAAGCGUGCCCGCGGUCCUCCCCCAGGUCCAGAUCAAUGCUUCUUCUGCCUAUCCAACCCCAACAUCGCCACUCACCUCAUCACCUCCAUCGGCAACGAAAGCUACCUAACCACCGCAAAGGGCCCCCUCCCUACAUCCGAGACUUUCCCCUCCCUCAACUUCCCCGGCCACAUGCUCAUCAUCCCAUUCACCCACUCUCCCACUCUCAACAGCAUCUCCGACGCGGAAUCCCGUCUCUCCACCUACAAUGAAAUGCAGCGAUACCGAACGGCCCUGCACUCCAUGCUCCAGCAUCGCGCCAACGGCACCCUUGGCGCCAUCACCUGGGAAGUCAGUCGCGGCAAUGGAAUCCACAUCCACUGGCAAUUCCUCCCGGUGCCGUCGGACCUGAUCAGACGCGGCCUCGUCGAUGCCGCAUUCAGAGUCGAAGCGGAGAAUCUGAAAUACCCCAAAUUCGAGUCCACCGGUGCAGGGGAUCCCAGUAGCGAACCGGGCGAUUUCUUCCGCGUCUGGAUCUGGGAUCCACCAGCGGAGAAGAAUCAGGAAGAGGAAGGAUUUGGUGAGAAGGGCUGGGUUGGAUCCGAGAAAACUCUCCUCCUGCCUUUGGAUGUGGCUUUCCGCUUCGAUCUCCAGUUUGGGCGCAGGGUGAUGGCGAAAUUGAUGGAGCUGGAGCGUCGCAUUAAUUGGAAGAAUGAUGUGCAGUCGCAGGAACAGGAGGAAGCCGAUGCGGUGGCUUUUAAGGAGUCAUUUAAGGACUUUGAUUUUACUUUGGAGGGGUAG